AUGAUUUUUCUUUUCUUCUCAGAUGCACCAUGGCACUGUAGUGAUCCCAAUCAAAUUAGGAAUUACCUGGUUCCUACACCUUUUGUCCUGGCAAACUGCAGUCCUAAUAUCCUUGCCAAUCCUUUUAAGGAUAAAACAUCACCCAACCAGGAUAUUACACCCAAAAGUGGUGCGCUAUGCCAGGAUGCUCCUGCUGAGGUUAACGUUUUGAUUUCUCCUACAUUUACAUCUAAAAUCAGUAACAGGAACAGUUUUGGAUUGCAGGAUUACCAACCCUCAGACUGUGGCUCUCCUCAAGGCCCUCUGACUUGUGAGGGUCUAAUGAAAAUAUGUACCAGUGUGUCAAGAAGAAAUCAACAUUCUACACAUGAAGAUUUCACAAAUAACACUAAUAAAGGACUUCAAACAGAGACAAGUGGGUGCUCCAAGCCCAAUCCUCCAUCUGUUGCACCCAAACCAAAAAUAAUACCCUCAUACAUAUCCACUUUAAAUUCCAAAGAAACCAGCAACUCCAAUAUAGAUUCUAAUAUCCAAGUUUUAUCUACAUCCACAAGGUGUACAAGUACCGGACCAGAAAGAGUAAGGCUAGAGGCUUUAUCUAAACUAGGUCUUCUAAAGGAGGAAAAUCUGAAACUGUUAAAUGUACAAGUUUUAGAGGGACAGCCCUCGUCCAAAAUUAUGGCUGAGAGCAGUUCCGAUUGUGAUGACAGCCUUAAAUUCAACUUACUGUCUCAAAACCCAGAGAGAGAAGUUGGAUUAAGUCAGGCAGGUACAAGCCAAACAUCAGGACAAUCAUCCAGUGCUUCUCCUGCGCUUAAAAAACCACCUGCUCCAGGUUCCAGUGUGCUAAUGGUUCCAAACAUGGAAGAAGAACAUCGAGAGGCUUUAAGAAAACUAGGAUUGCUCAAGAAAUAA